CAUAAUGCUUAUACGGGUUGGGGUGUGGACUUUUUGAUGUUUUCUUUGCAUUUGGCUGGAGUUUCUAGUGUUUUGGGUUCUAUAAAAUUUAUAUGUACUAUAUUAGAGGGUUUAAUAGAAGAGGGUACGGGUCAGUUUAGUAUAAUUAUUUGGGCCUAUUUGUUUACGUCUAUUCUUUUGUUGUUGUCUCUUCCAGUUUUAGCUGCUGCUAUCACUAUGUUGUUGUUUGAUCGAAAAUUUGGUUCUGCUUUUUUUGAUCCGUUGGGUGGGGCGCAUCAUAUGUUUAUGGUGGGUUUGGAUGUAGAGACUGCUGUUUUUUUUAGUUCUGUUACUAUGGUUAUUGGUAUUCCAACCGGUAUAAAGGUUUUUUCUUGGUUGAUUAUGUUAGGGGGGACUCGGUUUAUUGUUCUUUUCACUAUUGGUGGGGUUACUGGUAUUAUGUUAUCUGCUUCUAUUUUAGAUACAUUAUUGCAUGAUACUUGGUUUGUAGUAGCACACUUCCAUUAUGUUUUGUCAUUAGGCUCUUAUAGUAGUGUAAUUAUCUCUUUUAUUUGGUGGUGGCCUAUAAUUACGGGCUAUAGGUUGAAUCUUCCUUUAUUAUGGGGGCAUUGGUGGGUUUCUAUGGUAGGGUUUAAUUUGUGUUUCUUUCCUAUGCAUUAUUUGGGUAUGUGUGGUUUACCACGUCGUGUUUGUUCUUUUAUGGUAGGUAAUCGGGUUGUUUCUUCUUGGGGGAGUAACUCACGGAAAGACCCCGAGAUCUUUAUGUUGCGAUAUUUAUUUGGGGCAAGGCUAUAUAAUUUAUGUAGUUUUUGA